UUAUUAUUAGAUUCAUAUAUUUAUAAAACAAAUAACUUCCGAACUAUAUAAUGGGACCGGCCUUAAAGAAACAACGGUUAGAAAAACCAACAAAGUCAAAGAAUUUGCCUGUUAAAAAGGCCAAGAUAACGGUGGAAGAAGAUCACAGUGAAGAAGAGGAAGUUUCUAGUGAAGAAGAAAAUAUACGAGACCAAGAAGAACUCGAUAGUGAAGAAGAUAAUUCUGAUGAAGAAGAGGAAGCUGGAUUGUCCGAUCUCGAACUUGAUGACGAAGUCGAUGUUGCGGAUGUCUCAUCUGAUUCCAAUGAUGAAGAUUCUGAUGAAGGUGAAGACAAAGACGUAGAUGAAGAUGAAGACGAAGACGAAGACGAAGACGAAGGAGAAGAGAAUUUUCCAAAGUUGAAAAAGAAAAAGAAUCUUGAUGAUGGUUCUGAAUCAUUUGCCAAUGCUUUUAGUGCUAUUAUAGGAUCAAAAUUAAAAGCACACAAUAGAAAAGAUCCAAUAUUAGCAAGAAAUAAGAUAACUUUAAAGAAACUAGAAUCAGAUAAACUUGAAAAUAAAGCUAGAAAUGCCAUUUUAUCAGAAAAGAAACAAUUACAAGAUAAAUAUAGAAUUAAAAGUUUAUUACCAAGUGCUGAUCAACCAGAAAAAGUUAGAGAAAUUUUAGAACAUGAAAGAAAGUUAAAGAAGGUAGCUCAAAAGGGGGUAGUAAGAUUAUUUAAUGCAGUUUUAUCUACUCAAAUUAAAACCAAUCAAGAAAUUAGUAAAGAAAAGGUUGGUAGAACUAAGAAGGAAGAACUUAUGAAUGAAAUUUCAAAGGAAAAAUUCUUAGAUUUGGUUCAAGCCGCUGGAGAUUCUUAAUCUACUUAUUUACCAAUAGCAUAUAAUUAAUAAAUGUAUAUUAGUCAAUUAGAA